GUGCGAUUGUUCCGGAGAAGGCGUCAUUGUGUCAUCGAACGCACGAACGAACCCGUGGUACAGGUUCGCUCGGUUUUUAUAAUAAUUUUUACCCGUUCCCCCGACCGAGACUGGAAGCAUGGCCGAUUCGAGCCAAACUAUGCAAAUCCUCCGAUCCCUGGAGCUUGGUCUCACCACUGGUUUACCCGAGGCCAUAGUCAAUGAUUUAGCGCUCCUCGGCCAACGCUUCAAGAUCGCGUCAGAAGUCCAAGUCGCAUUGGAAGCCGGAGCUUUGGAUCGUCUGCGAAGUCUCCUCUUGGCAAAUGUCGACAGCGUUACGAAGGGGGUCGCACAAACGCUCGCAGAGGCCGUUCCGACACUGUGCAGAUGCGGGGAUACUUCAGCGAAAGUCAUCCAGCAGGUGGAGGUUUUGCUCAUCUUUCUCCGAGACAAUUUUCUGGCGGUCCCAGAAAGAGUCUCGUGCGCCGAUGAUGUCUUCCGCUCCAUGCUGCGAGCCACGGAGGGUCCACCUGCUCUGAGAGGGGUAGUUCUGAAUGUCUUCCCACUGAACAGAUGGUCGGACCUCAACUUCAAAAGGUUCUCGGCAACUGCUGCGGACGAGCUCGCCGAUACUAUCAAUAACCUCUCCGAUAGGGGAGGGGUGAACUUGUCGCCUGAAGAAGUUCUCGAGGUGCUCGGACUGAUUGCGGAUCAUCCAAAAGCUCGCUGUCGAACGGUGGCCAAAAUCUGUCUCCGGGCCGCGAAACUUCUCAACGUUCCCGAUUCGCUGUCUCUCCUCAGAUUCAUUGUGACAACACGCUUGGUUGGUGGACUGAUGUUCCAUCUAAACAUGAAUGCAUCCGGUUGUAGAGGGAUGUGCACGAGAGAGACGCUGGCUCUAUCGGUGCGCUUGGUCAGUCACGAUGAGGACACGAACUCCCGGAUGGUCUGUCAGGGACUCCUGAACAUCGUUGGAUCCAUUAUCGAAGGAACGACUCCCGGCGACCUUCACUGCGAGGCCUUGGAAGUUCUUUUGCGCUGCAUCGCAAACGGCUCAUCGAUGCUCGACGCGGUUCAAAAUCAUUUGUUAUUGAAUCACGCCGUCGUCUGCGCAUCAGGGGGUUCCGCGAAACUCCGCUCGAAAGCCAAUGAAGUCUAUAUGGAGUUUUUGAAGCAGGCCAAAGCUCAUCACUUCAUGCGCGCAAUGGAGGAUGCACUGUUCAGCAACAUCGCAUUCUUCCUUCGGAAGGAGCUGACUGUUGAGUCGCAGAUCCUCCUUUUGACGUUCGUGCAAAAAACUCUCGAAAAAUCCGUCGAGAUAAACAAGGAACGUCAGGUGAAGGAUAAUAUGCACCACCAUAGUCUCCAUAUGAUCAUACCACCCUUGAUGAGCUCCAGCAACGCACAGGUGAAAAAUCUGGCAACCAUCAUCAACUCCCGUCUCAGCGCUUAGUGCUGGAGUGCUGUUGCCUCGGUGGUGGGAGCGAAACUAGAAGUGUUUCAACUUUAGGUCCGACAGGUGUAAUUUAAAUGUUCUCCCCGCGAUUUUCUCGAAUACUUGUACUGCAAGAAGUCUCGGUCAUAAUCCUCGCGGAAAUGUAGGCAGUAGUGACGUCAUUUCCACAUUUGCUUCAUUGUGCCUGCGCGAAGUUGCUGCAGACGUAUCGCGGGACCUUGAAUGGAUGCGAAAAAUUUUGUACAUAUAUCUACGUCGUCCAAUCUGGUCUUGAGAAUUCUGAAUGUGAUAUAUUUCUAUCCGAUUCCAUUCGGCGCGACUUGCUCGCCGGAAUCAUAAGUUGUCUUAAUUUAGCAGUUGUGAGCGAUCGGUGAAUAAACUCUGUCGCGACCAA